CAGGCUGGAGCCAACAACACAGCAUCACCAGGAAAAUGGAGGCAGGGCACGCAUAGAGAAACACACACAAACACACACGCACAGUUUCAGCAUCACUGGGCAGAAAUGAUGCUCUGAACAUACAUUUAGGAGCAGUUGAGAAGAUGGUAUUUUGUCAAUUCAGAAAGUAGAGGAGUGGCGAUUUGAAGAAGAAAAAAUAUCAGCAAAAUCUUUAUUUUAGCACAAAGGUCACUACCAGAGGAGGGAAAUAUGGAUUCUUCUGGGACACAUGGUGAAGAGAGAACAUCUCCUCCCAACUCACUUCACAUCAGUGGAGCCGGCGGAAGUUCGGGUCACCGCAAACGCCGCACCCUUGUAGCCCCAGAUAUGAACCUGUCCUUGGAUCAAAGCGAAGGGUCUCUGCUUUCCGAUGAUUUCCUGGAUACGCCCGAUGAUCUGGACAUUAAUGUUGAUGACAUUGAAACUCCUGACGAGACUGACUCUCUGGAAUUCCCAGCCAAUGGCAAUGACCUGGAAUGGGAAGAUGACACACCAGUGGCCUCGGCCUCUGCAGGGCCUGUAGAAGGGGCUGAAGAUGAGGGGGAUGUUGGAAACGGUCGCUUGUGGAGGACAGUCAUUAUUGGCGAGCAGGAGCACCGUAUAGAUAUGCAACUUAUUCGGCCAUAUGUGCGUGUCAUCUCUCAUGGAGGUUACUAUGGUGAAGGCUUAAAUGCCAUCAUCGUGUUUUCAGCAUGCUACUUGCCUGACAGCAGCUGUCCAGAUUACCAUUAUAUCAUGGAAAACCUCUUUCUGUAUGUAGUGAGCAGUCUGGAGAUGCUGGUGGCUGAGGACUACAUGAUAAUCUAUAUGAACGGUGGAACGCCACGCAGCAAGAUGCCUGGUAUCAGCUGGCUGAAAAAGUGCUAUCAGAUGAUUGACAGAAGACUAAGGAAGAACCUCAAGUCCUUGAUCAUUGCACAUCCAUCCUGGUUCAUACGCACAGUCCUGGCAAUCUCCAGACCCUUCAUCAGUGUGAAGUUCAUGAACAAAAUCCGCUACGUGCACAGCUUAGAGGAACUGGAACAGAUUGUCCCUAUGGAGCACAUCCACAUCCCUGAGUGUGUUAUACAGUAUGAUGAAGAACGAAUCAAAGCACGAAAAGAACGGAUAGAAGAAGAGGGAGAGCAUCAGCCGCAAGAAAAACCAGAGUCAGCCAGUACAGAUGGACCGUUAGCAACAACCACAACCACAACCAGACUAGAAGAACCAGUCCUGUGAGAAAGAUGUCUGGACGGCCUUCAUAAAAGUCAUUCUUAUCUGCUGAUCUAGUUUCCUCUUUUACUGUCUUAUGGUCUGUAAUCCCACAAAUCACAUACUGGUCCCAGGUCAGCAUACAAGGAUCUUUUUUUUUAUUAGAGGGGUCUAAAGAUUCCACCACCAGAUGGCGCUCCAUCCAGUUAAAUAUUGCUGUAUCCAGUAGCAGGAUGUGUAUAACCUUGAUGUACGUCUAUUCACAAUCGCAGCUUGCUAAUUAAUAAAAGAACAUGAUGUCCACUUUCUGGCCAGUGCCAUUUCAAAGAACAUGCUAUCACCUGCCUAUACGAAUCAUAGGUGUGUUUGCUCAGGAGAGAUUCUUUAAAGCGAUGUGCAUGCAAAGUUUACCUUCCCCAUCUGUGUGUACACAUGCCCUGCUUGAAUUUGAUAUUCCACUGCUGCUUAUUUGGCUAUUUCUUGUAAAAAAAUUAUCUAUAUGUUUUGAAUGCUUUCUUUUGCAACAACAGUAUUGUGGUCAGUUAAUGACUUUUUUUUUUUUAGGUUCAGCAGAAUUACAAAUCAAUACUUGCAGGAGAGCAUGUCUGGUCAGAGAUUUUGUUUAGUGGUAAUUUUAUGUUGCCAUAAGUUCUGAAUGUCAAAAUGUCCGAAUUAAACAGCACUAUAUGAACAA